GAUUGAUGCAGUUUUUCUUGGACAAAAUUUUUCACUAAUUAUUGAUUUCUUUACAAAAGAAAAACAUUGCAAAAAGCAGGCAAAUGUGGAAAAGUGUUCACUGCACAACACACAAUUUUCUUUUCGGUUUCGGUUUCGGUUUCAGUUUCAGUUUUUCUCUUUUUUACAAUUUGCAAAAUGUGUGAAUAAAUUAUGUGUAAUUUAUUUAAAUUUAAACUUGAAAAUUUUCUGUAAAUUGAUGUUAACAUGGAAAACCUAAAUUUUUCACGAACACCGCAAUUUCUGCGGAAAGUCAUUUCAGAGGCUAGAAGAUCAUUUAUACGUAGCGAAGAUCAAGAAGCUAAUAUUGUAGACGAGCGUAGUGAAGGCGAGUGCUGUGACGAAGUAUACGUAGAUGAAAUGGAACUGUCUCACAGUUUGACUUUGAAUGAGGAAGCUUUAAAACAGCUGCCAGAGCCAAAAAAACCAGUUUUUAUUUUUGAAUGGUUGCGUUAUUUGGAGAAAAUAUUACCCACAGCACAUAAAUCUGAAAUCAAAGGAUGCCAAAAGAAAUUGGUACAACAGUUGACGGAGCAAAUACAAGGUUCACCGGGACCACCAACCCGAAAACUUAUAGCAAGUUGUCUAGCCACGCUAUUCUCGGUCGGAGACACAUUUAUGCUGUUUGAUACAGUAAAUGCCUGCAAUGAUAUUCUAAAAAACAAAGAUGACUCACCAAGCUAUCUGCCCACAAAGCUUGCUGCUAUUUGCGUACUUGGUUCUAUGUAUGAAAAGCUUGGGCGUAUGAUGGGUCGUUCAUAUGAAGAAACAGUUCAGAUACUCAUACGCACGCUACGCAAUGCAGAAUCACAAACCCGUAUUGAAAUUAUGGUCACAUUGGAAAAGGUGUGCGCUGGCAUGGGCACCGCUAUAUCUAAUGUCCAUAAAGAUGUAUAUAAAUCCACAAAACAUUGCCUUACAGAUCGUGUAAUGGCCGUUCGCGUAGCAGCAGCAAAAUGUAUGCUUGAAAUGAUCAAUCAUGCAUCCUUUCUUUAUCAAACCGAACUGGAGAGUUUAGCUACGCUGUGUUUCCGAGCUUUCGAUGGAAGUAACUAUGAAGUACGUUGUGCUGUAGCUAAGCUGCUUGGUACUUUGUUAGCCUUCACUCAACAACCUAAUGAAGCACUGAAUAGAAAACCUGUAGCACAGGUUGUACACGGUAAAAAUAUGCCGCGCAAUGUUUCAUUGGAUGAAGCAUUAGGCAUUUUAAUGUCAGGUUUUCUGAGAGGUGGAGUAUCAUUCCUUAAGGGUACUGGCGAAAUUAUUAAAGGCAGUUCCGGCGUUAAUCGUGAAGUACGUGUUGGCGUUACACAUUCCUAUGUAGUGUUUGUGCAAUUUAUGGGUAGUGUUUGGUUGGAACGUAACCUUAGCACAUUUCUAGUGCACGUUUUAGAUUUAGUAGCAAAUCCAAAAGCGGCUUCUUCACAUGUCGAUGCCGUCUACUCACGCAAGUGUAUUAAUUUUAUAUUACGUUCCAUAAUUGGUAAAAUGUUGGGAGAAAAAGCACAAACAUCAGCCUGUAAAGAACUCAUACAUAUUGUGGCAAAACAAAUGAAUUCCAUUGAUUUUAAUCCAGAAAAUGCUAAGGAUUCCAAUCAAGAAACGCUAUUUAGUCAGCAUUUAUUGGUGUGUGCAUUGCAAGAACUUGGUUCAUUAGUAUUAGGCUUAGGCACAACUGCUCAAAAUUUACUAAAUGAUAAUACAUUAAAUUCCAUUGAUGCUACCUGUGCUGUAUUGGUGCAUCCUUGUGCCGCAGCACGUUUAGCAGCAGCCUGGUGUUUACGUUGCUUUUGUGUAGCCGUGCCAAGUCAAAUAACGCCUCUAAUAGAUCGUUUUGUUGAAGCCAUUGAGCAUAUGCGGUCAUCACCAGAAGCUAUAGCCGGUUACAGUUGUGCAUUAGCGGCCAUUUUGGGUAGUGUACGUUACUCACCACUUGGCAUACCACAUACCAAAGGCAAAGUAGUAUUCAAUACAGCUGAAGAGUUACUACGUUCAGCUUCCCAAAAUAGUCGCAUGUCAUUAAAUAGAACUCAAGCUGGUUGGCUGCUUAUAGGCGCUAUAAUGACACUUGGUUCAUCAGUAGUGAAAGGUCUUCUACCGCGAAUGGUAUUGCUAUGGCGUAAUUCAUUUCCACGCUCAAAUAAAGAAUUGGAGUCGGAAAAAGCACGUGGCGAUGCGUUUACCUGGCAAGUUACACUGGAAGGGCGUGCUGGAGCUUUAUCAGUUAUGCAUAGCUUUCUGUUAAACUGUCCGGACUUAUUAACUGAAGAUAUAACACGAAGACUAUUAACUCCGAUCGAGAGUGCGUUAGCAAUGCUAGUCAACUUAUCUGCUGUGUUAAAAACUUAUGGCACACAACUUAAAGCACCAGCUGCAAUGGUACGUUUAAGACUUUAUGAAACGCUUACAUUAUUGCCACCAAAUGCUUUGGAGUCAUCCUAUACACAUUUAUUACGUAUGCUUGUAUCGGAAUUUACGCUGGCGGAAAAUGCUGCAAAUACAACCAACUCCUUGUUGCGUGCCUUAUGCCACGGCGAUGAUUCAAUUAUUUUAGGAACUUGGUUACAAGAAACCGAUCAUCGUACUAUUGAAGAUCAGAUGGAGCCAAAUCGUAAAUCAGAUGGGGAGCAUUUGCAACCAAAUAGCGCCGCUGGGUCGGGUGCUUUAGAACAUGAUCCUUGUUGCUUGUAUCGUCCUCCAACAGUUGGUGUUAUGAGCGCAGCAGCCAUUAGCAAUGCCCUAAAUGCGAGUAAUAAAAUAGAGCAAUGUCCUGGUCCACUGCCUUUAGGUGUGGCAGUUAUUGAUAUGUCGGUUUCGUUAUUCGGCCUAAUCUUUCCAAAAGUCGCCAACAAACACCGUUUACAGAUGUUGGAACAUUUUGGUGAGUGCAUUCGACAAGCUAAAAGCAGCCGCCAAGAAGCUGUGCAAAUGAAUAUAUUCACUGCGCUCCUAAGCGGUCUAAAAGGUUUAACCGAUAGUAAAUCAGGCAUUGGUGAAGAAAACGUUAAGAAAAGUGCAACUAAUUUGAUUGUUGCUGCAUUGGUCAGCUCAAAUGCUACACUACGUUGUGCAGCUGGCGAAGCACUUGGACGUAUGGCACAAGUCGUAGGCGAUUCUCGAUUUACGGCUGAAUUGGCACAAAAUUCAUUUGAUAAACUAAAAUCUGCCAGAGAUGUUAUAACGCGUACAGGUCAUUCUUUGGCUUUAGGAUGUUUGCAUCGUUACGUUGGUGGCAUGGGGUCUUCACAGCAUUUAAAUACAAGUGUAUCUAUACUGUUGGCACUAGCACAAGACACCUCAUCACCAGUUGUGCAGGUUUGGUCGUUGUAUGCUCUAUCGCUUAUAGCCGAUUCCGGUGGGCCGAUGUUCCGUAAUUAUGUAGAAGCUACUCUAUCGUUAAGUUUGAAACUUUUACUUGCGGUACCACACUCUAAUGUUGAUGUACACCAGUGUGUUGGACGUUUGCUGAAUGCAUUAAUUACAACUGUUGGUCCAGAAUUACAAGGUAAUGCAGUCGCUGUUUGUGCUAUGCGGUCUUCAUUCUUGUGCGCGGCUUCGAUAAUGCAAGCACACUCCGAUCCACUUGUGCAGGCUGAAGCUACCGGUUGUCUACAGCAAUUGCAUCUGUUUGCUCCGAAAACCGUGAACCUAUCAACUCUAGUGCCUACACUAGUUAAUACAUUAUCAAGUAAUUAUCUUAUGUUACGCAAAGCUGCUGUACGUAUGGCUCGACAGUUAUCACAUCGAGAAGCUAAAGAAAUAUGUGAAUUAGCACUUUCAAUUACACCAGAACAGUAUCCGGAUCUUGUCAUCACCGAGUUUGGGCUUCCUGGUUUAUUAUUCGCUAUGCUAGAUUCAGAAACUGAUGCUGAAAUGUUGAAAAAUAUACACGAUACGCUUACUUCCAUGUUACAAAUGUUAGCAUCAGAUAACCUUAGCUCUUGGUUAAGCCUUUGUAAGAAUGUUUUGACUGUUGCUGUGGAAAAUGCAGCAAUACAAGAUGAAAGUAACACAACAAAAAGUGAUCCUUCUAAUAAGAAUUCAAAUGCAGCAGAUAAUGCAACAAAAGAUGAUAAUGACGAUGAUGAUAAUGCGGAUGAUGAUGAUGUCGCUGAAUAUCAUGCUGAGGAAAAUACUUCAACACAUCCUGCUGUGCAGCCACGCUGGCCUACACGUGUAUUUGCUGCGCAAUGUGUUCGGAAAAUUAUCUCCACUUGUGAAUCAGCAAAUCCUAUACAUUUUGAUUUGAUACAAGCUAAAGAAAUGCAAAUGAUUAAAUCUCGUGGUGAUUAUUUAAUUUUACAUUUAGCAGAAUUGAUACGUAUGUCAUUCAUGGCUGCAACUUCUGACUCAGAUCAAUUACGUUUAGAGGGGUUACGUACACUACAGGAAAUUAUAGAUCGAUUUGCUGGUGUGCCUGAACCGGAAUUUCCUGGUCAUCUAUUAUUGGAACAAUUCCAAGCACAAGUUGGUGCUGCUUUAAGGCCUGCAUUUUCACCAGAUACACCAUCACAUGUAACUGCGGCAGCAUGCGAAGUUUGCUCAGCUUGGAUUGGUUCUGGAGUAGCACGAGAUUUGAAUGAUUUACGACGCGUACAUCAGUUGUUAGUAUCAUCACUUGAUAAAUUACACUCGAAAACCAACAGCACACAACUUUACAACGAAUCUAUGGCUACACUAGAGAAAUUAAGCAUUUUAAAAGCUUGGGCUGAAGUAUACAUUGUUGCUAUGAUCGGCAAUGGUUCAGCACCGGCUUCUAUGUUUCAGAAGAAACUAACAACAACCAACAGCAUUUCGCCGUUAACUACAGGCUUAGACUUAGAUAAUGGUGAUUUAAUGAAUGAUGAUUUCGGUGAUUUUGAAAGUCAUGGUGAAAGUUUGUUAAGCUUAGUUAAGCCAGAAUUAAGCAAUUUAUCGACGCAUUGGCUGGCAGCUAUGAAAGAUCACGCGCUUUUAUUAUUACCAGCUGAGUUUCAAAGUCAGUUACCACAUGAUGGAGGUGCAUUUUACACUACUGAUACCAUAAACUCUUCCAAGCCUCACUAUUUGACAUCAUGGCCCCCAAUACUUUAUGCAGCUUCCUUAUGGCUUAAGGAUGAAGGAUUUGCUUUACAUUUAAACACGAACUCCGCUAAUUCUAAUGGUGUUGCGGAUAAGACAAAUUUUGAAGCUAAUAAUAAUAUAACACAUGGUUCACUAUCAGCAGAUCGUUUCCAUAUGAUAUUUGGAAUUUGUAUGCAAGCGUUAUGUAGUACACGUACUUCGGAAAAACCCAAAAAUGUUUUAAGUUGUCUACAAUCUUUAUACACAAUUUUCGAUUCGAAUUGGGCACGACAACAGUUAGUCAAAGAUAAAGCUUUAACGAUUGAACUUUGCAAUGUUUUACAUCGCCAAAUUUUAACGCGAGAUGAGUUAUUGGUGCAGUUACUCUGCAUGGAAAUUCUCAAGCAAUCCAUACAAGCCGCAAAAGAAGACUUGGAAACAAAAAAGAAUGUAUAUCUGGAACAGCACAAAAAUACGGAUAAUAGUGAAAAUAUUUCACUAAACACAGAAAUAGAAAACUUAGGCGAAGGUGGUACUAAAGGUGAAAUUCCGCCUGGCGAUUCACAUGUGUAUGCAGUUUUAGAAGUGUGCUUAUGCGUUUUUGUACGACAGAUACCAACUAUGAAUCCUAGUGCUGCCAGCAAAUUAAGCACAAUACAAUUUCAGCAAGAACUAGCAGCAAAAAAUAGUUCUUCGCAGUCUUUCUUUUCAGUACUAUCUGAAGAUAAUGGUAUGCUAGUUGCAAGUGGUCUACAAUGUGUUGAGGAACUUACAGCACUCUGUUCACCACAAGGUGCACUUACAAUUCUACCAACUAUACUGUUCAUGACAACAUCUAUUAUAAGAGAGAUUGCCAAUAAAUCUUCGAUUGACUCAACUAUACUAGCAAAUACAAGUGCGGUACAAGCCGCAUUGCACACACUUAAAUCGGUAUGUAUUGAUAAUUGGGCAAAAAAUGAGACAGUAUCAAGCGAUUGGCAACAACUGCUACAAAGCGCACUUGCAACUAUAAUUGACUUGACAAAAACUGCUGGUGAUGAUGACGAACGCAAAGUCGAUGAAGUGACAAUGUUACUUGCUAUAGCUGUUUUUAUAUUACAUACACCGGCUUUCUUGAUAUCAGCUCCUUCAUUGCAAUAUCCAUGUAUUAAUCAUUUUCGACAAUGCAUGCAAUCUGAUAAUUUGUCAGUCAAAUUAAAAUGCAUUCAAACAGCUCGUUCGAUUUUUUCAAAAGCUGAUCUGAAGACCUCUACACCAUAUAUACAUGCCCUAGCUCCACGCAUCAUCGAAGGUUUAUAUAUGGAAACAACAAAAAUACCACGCACAGAUAUGGAAUUGCAAAUUACUUUGGAGAGCAUCGUAACAGUACAGACUUUAAUUGAGUUGGCGGAGCCGCAAAAUCGAAACUUAUUGCAAGGUAUUCAAAUGCUAACACUACUUGUUCCUGUGCUCAUCAACUUUUUGGCUGAGCCUAGUAAAUUGCGUACCCUACCCAAAUAUCAACGGCAGCUACAUGAGCAAUCAUUACAGUGGUUAAUGAAAAUUGGACCCAAAUAUCCACAGGAAUUCAAAACAUUGAUGGGACAGACACAGGAGUUACGUCAAAAACUUGAGGUAGCCAUACGAAAUCAGCAGCACACAAUAAACAUUGCGAACAAAGUGAACGAUAAUCGAAGUGCGGGUGCAGCACAAAAGCCGCAGAAACCUACUAUCAAACUGAAAACAGACUUCAGCAAUUUUCAUUGAAUUCGAGGGGAUAAUACGAGUACACUUUUUGGAAACGUGUAUUACGAAGUGUUGAAAUUACAUACAAAUAUAUGUGAUGUUUAUGCAAUUAUACUAAAAUUAUACUAAAAAUAAUUA